AUGGUGCUGGACCUAAGCCACUUCGAAAACCACCCGGCGUUCUCCCACUAUGGUCGCCUCCGUUACCAGCACCAGGCAGGUCUGCUCAAAGCUCCACUCGAUGACACGACCCUGUGCGAUGUUAUUGGUCUUACAGCUACCAUCCAGAACACGGCUCCGCGCGACUCCAAGGUGUACGCUUUGGCAGAGGUAAUCCGCUUUAAGGCUCUGACGAUGAGCGAGAUCAUCGCCAGCGACCCGUCUCCUGUCACGCCUGUCCUGUCAGCCUCUCCCACCACCACUUCUGGCACCGAAGACAUCAAGGCCACUCUCGCUGCCAUUCAGGAUACGCUCGCCGCCGUUGUCAAGGUUGUCACGACGACGGCGGGCCAGGUGGAGGGAAUGACCGAGCGCAUCAAAUCCAUUGAAACAAAGCUCGCCAGUCCACCCAGACAGCCUACCAACUGGAGCCGCAUCAGCCCGGCCGAUCUCAAGACCGGGAUCCUCAAGGAGAUCACGUCCAAGGUCGACCGCUGGGACGCUCAGCGGGUCAGUCCACCCCAGCCGGCUACCGACUCGAACGGCAUCACCAAGGCCGAGCUCAAGACAGAGCUCAAGACAGAGCUCAAGGAGAUCACGUCCAAGGUCGACCGCUUGGAUGCUACGCUCAAGUCUCACGGCACCAUACUCAGUGACCUCAAAAAUCUCCACUGCAAGGAUCUCGAGGCGUCCAAGGUCCAGGAAACCGCAGCCAAGUUUGUCAAGCUCGAGGGCAGAAUCCAUGGCCACACCAACAUGCUGAGCGAUAUCAAGAGCCGUCUGUGCAACCAGCCUGCCAACGCCAUAGACUCUGAACUCGCUAAGCGACUUGGUGACCUCAAGUCGUGCUUAGGACAACCGCAGCUGAAGGAAGUGAUCAGUGGAUUCCAGCGGACGUGCAGCAAGCUGGAUGAUGUCUCUUCUGCACUGAAGGACAUGCCCCACACCAAGCUGGGCAUAGUCGAAAGCAAGAUUGAUGCCGUUUACAAAGUGGUGGCGACCGAGGCUCAGUGUGACAACAUCAAAGAACUCCUUGAAAACUUGGACCACAAAGUUCAGGACGUGGACAAGAACGUCAAUAACGAGCUUUCCAGCCGCCACCAGUCAUCGAUCAUGAACGUCAACUCCUUGGAGAUGAAGACCACGAGGGCUGUUCGCCUUCUCGAGUCACUGGAGGCGGAUACGGAGCGUGACACUGUUCGCCGCAAGAUUGGUUACCGCUACCUCCUCAAUCUUCCCCUUGACACUCAUCGUCUGGACACGACAGCUGAGGAACACACGGAAAUGAAGAAUCUACUCUUCUUCGAGACCGAGGACCAACUCCGCUCCAUGCCCUUUGACAAGCUUCUUGAGUGGGGCGGCGGGGCCACUGGAAGCCCAGUUCACCUCGCGGACAUGGUAUUCAGCGAGGAGGCCAAGGACAAGUUGGUCACCAUCGUCCGCGACUUUGUGGGUCUGCCCCCUGUCAGCAAGACAAGUGCGAGCCAGGCCGAGGCUGUUAAUGUCCAGCCAGUCACGCAGAACGCCGACGAGGGAGAUGUGGUCAGCGUGAAGGAGGAGCCUGUUGAGCCUUCGGGGAAACGGGCGGAUAGUUGCCGACCUGCCGGACCGACGGCGCAGGAGUUGCCGAAAGCCGUCUGCCAUCCAGCUCUCUCACUUGCACACUCUCUCACUGGCGUCGCCAUGCUGCUACGGUCACCAACAACUGGGCUGGCCCCUCUCCUGGCCCCAUGCAUUGGUGCUCGCGCACUAUCACUCAAACACCUCAGACGACGCCCGCCAGCCCCUCCUCCCCCUCCCCCAGCCACCCCAUCUACCCUUCUGGUCGAGGACCGCGACCGUAUCCGGUGGAUCACUCUCAACCGACCCGCAUCCCUCAACGCUCUCACUUUGCAAGACCUGGAGGCGUUUCGGGACGCAGUCAACGACGCGCCCGACACAGUCCGCGCCAUCGCCGUCCUCGGGGCGGGUCGCGCAUUCUGUGCAGGGAUGAACACGAGCACGUUUGAGGGUCUGGACGCCGCAGGCGCCCGGAACGUGAUCACCAAAGUGUCCCAUGCCGUCGGCUCGCUGCGGCUCAGUCCCAAGCCCACCGCCGUCGUCAUGCAUGGAUACUGCCUGGGAGCGGCGUUCGAGAUGGCCCUCGCUGCCGACUUCCGGAUCGCGACGCGGGACGCCAAAGUCGGACUGCCCGAGACAAAGGUCGGCAUACCCUCCGUGGUCGAUGCUGCGCUGCUUCAGCACUAUGUCGGGCUGUCAAGGGCCAAGGAGAUGAUCCUCGCGGGCGAUGUCUGGGCCGUCCAAGACCUGGGGGCCGGGUUCGUCAACCGCUACGCAGACGACCAGGCUGGUCUGCAACAGGCGGCCGGGGAGAUCCUGGGCAAGGUCACGGGUCUCACCCCGGUGGUGAUGAAGGCCCAGAAGGAGCUGCAUGAGACUUGGCUCAAUGUGCCGCUCAAGCAAGGGAUCGAGAGGAGCAUAGACGUGUUUGCCGAGGUGUUUGCGCACCCAGACACACAAGAGGCGGUUCACAAGUACAACAAGAAGUAG